UCACAGCAACAAAGAGCUUGCUGAUCUGAGAGCCGCGGCGAGAGCUCGCCUGGAAGCCACGGCGCCGGCUCCCGGAGCUGGGCGGCAGCAGGAGGAAAGGCUCCGGGGGAGGGGAGGGGGCAGAAGAUGGCCAAGAAGAGAAAGCCCCCCAGCAUUAAGGGUGAUCCAAGGAUACAUGACCCACAUUUCAAGGGGCCCGUUGUCAACAGGAGUUGUACAGAUGUGCUGUGCUGCAUGAUCUUCAUACUGUUCAUUAUUGCCUACAUUCUUUUAGGACUUGUGGCCUGGGUCAAUGGCGACCCCAGAAGAGUGGCCUAUCCUACAGACAGCCAAGGCCACUUUUGUGGCCAAAAGGGCACCCCCAAUGAGAACAAGCCCAUUUUGUUUUACUUUAACCUGCUCAGCUGUACCAGUCCCUCCGUGGUGGUAAACCUACAGUGCCCUACCAGACAGAUCUGUGUCUCCAAGUGCCCAGAAAAAUUUUUAACCUACAUGGAAAUACAAUUUAUGUACAGAAAAGACAGAAACGACUGGACAUACUACAGCCAGUUCUGCAAGUCUGCUUUUCUUAAGCCUGCGAAGACUCUCACACAAGUUUUACUGGAUGAUGAUUGUCCAACAGCGAUUUUUCCAAGCAAACCUUAUCUCCAGAGAUGUUUCCCUGACUUUUCUACUAAAAAUGGCACUUUAACAGUAGGAAAUAAGACAGUGUUUGAAGAUGGAAGUGGAAAGACAAGAAAUGCUGUAGAACUCAGGGCAGCUGCAAAUGGUAUCAAUAAAGUCCUUGAUGCAAGGGCAAUUGGAGUGAAAGUGUUUGAAGACUAUGCAACAACAUGGUAUUGGAUUCUCAUUGGCCUGACUAUCGCCAUGCUCCUCAGUUGGAUGUUCGUGAUACUCCUGAGGUUCACGGCUGGCUUCCUCUUCUGGCUCUUCACCUUUGGUGUGAUUGGGAUUAUAGCUUAUGGAAUAUGGCACUGUUACCGGGAAUACAGCAAUCUUCAGGGACAGCCAAAUGCUCACUUAACUGUAUUUCACAUCGGGAUUCAGACUGAUAUAAGCAUGUACUUUCAACUGAAACAAACAUGGUUCGCAUUUAUGAUAAUACUCUGCAUCCUUGAAGUGUUCAUCAUCCUCAUGCUGAUCUUCCUCAGGGACCGAAUCCGCAUCUCCAUUGCCCUGCUGAAGGAGGGGAGCAAAGCCAUUGGAUACAUCCCUACUACCUUAAUUUAUCCAGUUUUAACUUUCAUUUUCCUCUCAAUCUGCAUUUCCUACUGGGCUGUGAUAGCAGUUUACUUGGCUACAUCAGGGGUACCUAUAUACAAAGUCAUAGCCCCAGAGGGGCAAUGUAAACAUGAAAAUAAAACCUGUAAUCCAGAGAUUUUUAAUACAACUGAAAUUGCCAAAGCUUGCCCUGGGGCUCAGUGUCGUUUUGCUUUCUAUGGUGGAGCGAGCCUGUACCAUCAAUAUAUCACUGCCUUCCAGAUAUUCAAUCUAUUUGUCUUUCUCUGGCUUAUAAAUUUUGUCAUUGCAUUGGGUCAGUGUGCCCUUGCUGGUGCCUUUGCUUCUUAUUACUGGGCCUUGAAAAAACCUGAUGACAUCCCACCAUAUCCACUUUUUACUGCAUUUGGACGAGCCAUAAGAUAUCACACUGGAUCCCUAGCAUUUGGAUCUUUAAUUCUUGCAGUAGUUCAAAUGUUCAGAUUAAUCCUAGAAUACUUGGACAAACGUCUUAAACAGGCCCAGAACAACAUUUCUAAAUUCCUAAAAUGCUGCCUGAGAUGCUGUUUCUGGUGUUUAGAAAAAGCAGUAAAGUUUUUGAACAGAAAUGCCUAUGUUAUGAUUGCAAUAUAUGGCAAAAACUUCUGCAGGUCAGCGAGAGAUGCUUUCAAUCUGCUGAUGAGAAAUAUUUUAAAAGUUGCAGUUAUGGAUAGAGUGACAGACUUUGUACUAAUCCUGGGGAAGAUUCUAGUUGCUGGGUGUAUAGGUGUCCUGGCCUUUCUACUCUUCACAGAAAGACUCCCAAUGAUUAUAGUAGGACCAACAUCUUUAAAUUACUACUGGGUACCUUUGCUGACAGUCAUGAUUGGAUCUUACCUAAUUGCACAUGGAUUCUUCAGCGUCUAUGCAAUGUGUAUUGAAACAAUUUUCAUCUGCUUCUUGGAAGAUUUAGAAAGAAACGAUGGUUCUGCUGAAAGACCCUAUUACAUGAGUCAAUCUCUGCUGAAGAUUUUGAACGAGCAAAAUGCACAAACUAAGAAGCAGUAGAAGUGCAAACUCUGGUCAUCCUGCAGCGGUGUUACCUUUCCCUCAUCUGCUGUGUAUGUGCUACACUUGUUUCAUAAGUGCUUUGUGUAUGGAACACUGUAUUCACGACCUUGUUGGCUUUUAUUUGCAUGUUUUAUACCAAAGCUUAUACUGUAAUACGUGAAGCCAUCAGAAGUUGCAAGGGAAUUGUUAAUAACACGGAACAUUUUUUAUACUAAGAUCUUUUGUUUUGUAAUUCAUUUUUAAAUAGAAUGGCUAGGAUGUUUUGAAAAUGCCAGUAAAUAUGUUAAUAUUGUUUUAAAUAUUAGAUUGAAAAAUGAUACAUUAUUUAAAUUGGUAGCUCCUAAUAUAUUUUUAAAAUUACAACUAAAAGACUUCUGCAGGGAAAAUUGGUAAACAAAGUAAAACAGAAGAUUUUAAAGUUUUCCCCACUCCUGUUUGACAAUAAAUCGGUAAAAGGAGCGCCACAUUCCAGAUUUUGCUCUAAGUAUAGACUGUUUCCUAUUAAACAAAUUGUCAAUCAUCCAGCCUUUAUGACUUAGUCCUCUCUGACAAAGUGCCUUACUGGCUGUUUAAUAUUACCCAGCUUUUGUGGGCAAGUUUACACACAUUGUUAAAAAAAAAAGAAUCCUGCAAUGUUUAGUGAUUAAAACAAGUCUUCUUGCAUUUGUUUUUUUCUUAGCUCACUGGUUGAAAACCAUUUGUCAUUUCAGUAUGUUUGAUAUCCUCACUAUAUAGACUACAUUUUGCAGCAUAAACAAUUUCCCUUGCGCCUAGUGGACAUUCAUGAAUGUGUACUACACGCAAGAAAAAAACCUGAAAGGACACUUGUUAGGUUUGUUUUUUUACUAAAAGUGAGUUUAAAAUGUAACCUUUUCUAUGAUAGAUAUUUGAAAAUACAAUAGGUAUAAGACUACAUUUCUCAGUGUUUUACACAGAUUGGAAUGGGAAACUUGAAGAAAUUACAAAGGGAAACUUUACCCCUAGAAAGGGUGCUCACAGAUGUCAUGUACUGAAUAGCUCCAUUUUAAAUGAUAGUUUAUUAUCAUCAAUGAGCAUUCUAUGUAUGUUAUUUCCAUUUUCUAACUUUUGAUAUGAAAUAAUCCGUUUAUUCAUGUUACUUUUUAUUGUGCUAAUAUGAACAAGAACAUAAUUUCUAAUUCAAUUUUAAAUAAUUUUAUUAGUACUAACUUUAAAGAAAAUGAUUUCAGUUUGUUACUCAGUGUUACAGAAAGAGUCCAUAAAACAUUCACCCUAAGGGAAUGUCAAUCACACAAUGAUAAUUUGUGAAAGCUUUGAGACUCUAUAGUAAGUUCCUAGCAGUUUAUCUAUUAUAUUUAAAUGUGACUUUGGAUAUUCUUUUAUGCCAAAAACGAACUCAUAUGAGCACAAGACAGUCUGAGCUCUAUAGUCAGUAUGCUUCUGCUGUGCAGAAAUAUUAGGAACAUAUUGUCUAAAUAUCUUUGAUAACUAAACUGUUUAAUAUUUAAUGAA